CUCUUACCAACAUAUGUAACUGCGUCGUUUGGCUUGGAGAGCCUGACAUUAAUUUGUUUACUGUUGGGUUCGCUGGUGAAGCAGUGGUGGAUACACGUUUUUGCAGCACUCCUUAGCGUUGUUUUAAAUGACACUGUUGCAUAUAUAGGGCAUCUGCAUUAGAGGUGUCCAAUUGUGAACGAAGACACGUUUGAUUUUUUUCUGAGGGGGAGCCUCGGCACACAGGCAUGGCAGCAGCGACGGUAGCGGAAGCCGAUCCAGCGAGUGCCGAGGGUGGUAGCACCUUCGCCGAGGUCCAUAGCUCUGGAUGGAACGAUUCCCAGUUCAGAAAAUAUACUUUCCAGACCCGGUCUAUACCGCGAAUGUCUCACACCGACCCCAGAGCUGAGAUCCUAAUAGACAAUGAGGAACCAGUUGUUCUAACUGACACCAACCUGGUGUAUCCGGCACUCAAAUGGGAUAUAAACUACCUGCAGGAGCACAUCGGCAGUGGAGAUUUCUCUGUCUACAUCGCUCAAAACCAUAGGUUCCUCUACUAUGAUGAAAAGAAAAUGGCGAACUGCGAGCACUUUGUUCCCAAGUCACGCCGUUUGGAAAUGAAAUUUUCAGAAUUUGUGGACAAAAUGAAGAAUACUGAAGAGUCAGGGGGAGAAGAGAGGGUGUACUUGCAGCAAACGCUGAACGACACGGUGGGCAGAAAAAUUGUGAUGGAUUUCCUGGGUUUCAACUGGAAUUGGAUCAACAAACAGCAAGCGAAGAGAAAUUGGGGGCAGCUAACGUCCAACCUGCUGCUCAUAGGCAUGGAAGGAAACGUGACCCCAGCGCACUACGAUGAGCAGCAGAACUUCUUCGCUCAGAUUAAAGGCUAUAAGAGAUGCAUCCUCUUCCCCCCGGAUCAGUUCGAGUGUCUCUAUCCUUAUCCUGUUCACCACCCCUGUGACAGGCAGAGCCAGGUUGAUUUUGAGAAUCCCAACUAUGAAAAGUUUCCUAAUUUCAAAAAUGUUGUUGGGUAUGAGACUGUGGUGGGGCCAGGAGACGUGUUGUACAUCCCAAUGUACUGGUGGCAUCACAUUGAGUCCUUGUUAAAUGGAGGAGUGACAAUCACAGUUAAUUUCUGGUACAAGGGAGCUCCUACCCCAAGGAGGAUUGAGUACCCCCUGAAGGCGCACCAGAAGGUGGCCAUCAUGAGGAACAUUGAGAAGAUGCUGGGAGAGGCACUGGGGGAGCCGCGCGAGGUCGGCCCUUUGUUGAACAUGAUGAUCAAAGGCCGAUAUGACCAAGAUUUCAGUUAGUGCCCUGUGGAGGACCCCCCUAUCCCUAUGGCACUGAGGGGCUGGUGUGUGUGUGUGUGUGUGUGUGUGUGUGAAAACAUGCGUGCGCACCUGCAUGAGUGUGUGAGUCAGGGAUUGACUGAGCAAGAGAGCCAGCAUAUAUAUUGUGUGUGUGUGUGUGUGUGUGUGUCUGUAUGCGAGUGUCCGUGUGCAUGUGCGCUUAUGGACCGUUGCACUUCUGUUGCAUGACAGAGUUUGGAUGUCUCGGAGACCUUUGUCAGUUUUCAAACCGGUUCUGCUUUUCUGCAAGCUGUCGUCACGGUGACCAUCCAACCUGUUGAAGGACACGUCCACUUAACUGUAAUGGUGCUUCUACGGACAGACUGCGCACCAGGAGGAACAGCGUUCAGGAGGUACUGCUAUUUAGAGGAAUAAUGUUCAGGAGGUACCAUACACCUGGAGGAAAAGCGUCCAGGAGACUACACCUGCUGGCUUGUGUUCAGGAGGUACGGUACACCUGGAGGAAAAGUGUUCAGGGGAUAUCGCCCAGUUGGACAGAGGGUUAGUCGAGUAGCAGCGCAGGUUAUGUCCAGUGAGAAGGUGUGUUUGUGAGGAGCGUAGUGACCGGACAGGAAGCACUGUUACCCCUCCAAAGCCUCUUAAUCAGACUCCAGACUGCGGAGGACACCAGGCUCCCCCCACAUUGCUCCCCUGGUAAAUUGCAUUAGCCUGUUUGCUGUUUCGUUUGACAUUUCAGUAGCAUGCCCUUCUGGUAGUCUUCAGAAGCGCAGUUUCACUGCCGGACAGUCCUCUCUGAUGUGCCUGUAAAACCUGCAGGUGUGUCUGGAUGCGUUUCAGGGUCUGCAGAUCGGCGUUUCCGUUCAUAGGUUUUGUUUUGCUUCAGUGGCGUCGGCGCAUGGUAGAAUUUCACGCCAGAUAAUAACCACUCUCCUGUCUAUUGUUCCCCGGUAACCUCUGCCUUGGAAGUGCAUGUGAGUCUUUCUGUCAUAAGAUAAGUCAAACACGUGCAUUUUCUUUCAUUUUAUCAUAGUGUAUCUGAAGAGAUGUGAGUGUUAUGGCAGAGGGACUAACGAAAGGUUUAACAGUAUCAGAUUUACUGUUUGGUAUCUUCACGGUUUGCAGGGUCAAUCUGCAAAACACUCUCACAGGCCUGAAGUUCUUGGAUCCAAUGAAAUGACUGCUGAACAGUUCUAGAUUAUAUAUAAAUGUGUAUGUUUAUUGGUAUUUUUCUAAUUUUAUAUUCAUUAAUGAGGCUUAUGUUCAUCAUGUUAUGUUGGCUUUUUUUAUUGAAGUGUAAUUUUUAUAAGCAUGGUACAAAUCAGCGUGAAUUUUUAAAAAUGACAUUAAUUGACUAGCUUCACCCCCUUUUUUAAGUUUUAAUUUAAGAGAAAAUAUUAAAAUGAAGAUAAACAUUUUGUGUGUAGGUAAUUCUUUGCCUUUACGUUGGUGAAUGCAGUUAAAUGUCCGUAAAGGUUUUUCUCUGAAAGCUGAAACUAUUGGCGGUGGUUCAAGACCAGUGAUUAAGUCAGCCUCUCGCGGAAGGCCGUUUGGGGAUUCAAAUCCGUUACUGACGCGGUAAAUUGAAAGUGACGCUCGUUUUUCACACACCGACUCAUUUCCCUCGUAAAACCUGCGAUUCGACUCGUUAUGUGACACCUUAGUGGCUAAUUGACGGUGUUCUGAUGCAGAAGGUGUGUGUGCUUGGUGUCAUAGUAUAGCCAGGUGUGGAGAACGUGCAAAUAAGCAAGAGGAUUUUUAGAGGUUCUCACACUGUUGGUCAUCAUACGAAAAACACUUUUUUUGUUUGAGGUUAUUUUUGCACAUAAGACUGCUUAAAUGCAUACAUGCGGUGGUGGAGAUGCGAUGAGCUAAAGAAAUUGCAGGCAUGUCCAUGCCUCGUUUCAUUUUACUGGAUAUAAUUUAUGCUGAAAUUUGUAUAUUUCCCUUCAAAUACUGAUGAAGUUUGUCAUGGCAUUAUGAUUUAAUUUUUUUCCCCAAGCAAUGUUUAAACCGCAGUACCAUAAUGGUCUGUGUAUGCAUUUUCUCCCACACUGAGGAUACAUUCAUGUUGUGUAAGGACCGUGUCAUAAUGUUCUGCGUAUAUAAAAUGGUUCUGGCAUAAUGCUCAGCAUGUCUGAUAAAUGAAUAAAUGAUACAAUGAAGUGGUGUAUAGUUGGUGUGUAGUUCUGUAAAAAAAAACAAACAAACAAAAAAAACAGUUGUAACGUAAAGAAAUAAGUGCAUGUCUUAGUGUCCUUCAGUUAGCUCCUGUUGACCACAGUCAGGGCACAAUACCCAGGUUUAGGUGAACCGGCUCUGAUCGCCACUAAUGGAAACCAGGCAUGUCUGGCUCAGUCCAGAGAAUCAGAAAGGGAGCGUCUACGCCCCCCUAGUGGCCGGGUUGUGAAGCUCCGUAUUGGAGAGCCCGGUUCUGACUGCAGCAGAUGUCAUGUUCAUUAGUGCCAUAAGUGCCAAAUAUAGUACACCCACCGAGUAGGCGUGACCUCGUGAAACAUGUUCCUCCUUCGCCGUGUUCCCUGGCUCAUUGGGUUACGAGUUAAAUCUUUCGGCGGUUAUUUUGGCUAUUUUAUUUGUUUUGAACAAAGUUGCUUAAUGUUAUUCUGGAGUUCAUGUAAUCCUUUAAAUUAACGUUGGAGCAUCCAUUUCCUGUGUUGUCUCACUCCUGUGCUGGUCUGUGGUGUCCCCAGUUUACAGAGGAGGUUGAUGUGAUGGGAAGGAUCUACGGCUGCACCUGGGGAGAAUGAGGAGGGAAAUGUAAAACAUUUAAACGGUUAUUUUAAUUGUAAAAAAAAAAUGUUUAAAGCAGGAAUGGGGCUGAAGUCCUGUCUGGCCAGUUAAUGUUUUAGUUGACCCAAGGCUUGUUCAGGCUCAAGACAUAAUGUUCUUUCAUUUCACGCCAUUUUGGGCUAAUACCAGCGUUUGUGUGUUCUGCGGCAACCCAUAAAAUCAUCAAAAACUGUAAAACAUAGUCUUGUUCUUUUUGCGUAUGGCAGUUUGACCCAUUACCGCAGCCUAUGUGUGUAUGGAAAAAAAAAAAAAAACUUUUUGUAAUGCACAUGUCAGUGUCCGUGUUUUUUUUUUUUUUUUUU